AUGGACCGGUGCCAGAUACUACAGGAUGAGAAGGUUAUCCUGAGCGACAAGGCAAGCAUCCUCCUCGAUCGGCAUAUUAAGAGACUGGACGUGAAGAUCCGAGAGCUACAAAAUGACGGCCUCCUUUCAAACGACCCGCCGAUUCCGUCUCUCUUCCAGAACAGGGAUCUUUAUCGUGAACCUCCCAAGGCAAUAUUUCCCGAUGCCGCCACCAACGAAGGAUCUUAUUCCUCUCCGCUAAAUCCCGCGUCGGCAAACGCGAAUUUGCAAUUUAACAUUGCCCAACGGCUAAAUAAUGUUACCUCCCGUGCAUCAGUGGGACCUGGAGCUGCUACCCAGGCUGCUGCUCGAAACUCGGCUCCCGCCUCACCGGCAGCCACAGCUCUGCACCAGCAACGACGUGAGUCAUCGGCAGGAGCAGCAGAUAGUAAGCGGCGCCGACUGAAUACGUCCAUUAAUACGCUGCCUGUUGCGCCAUCGAAUUUACGUCAGUCGUCUACUGGCCCAGGAACCCCCAAGGCUGGAACACCGGGGGUAUCACGGGCUGGUAGCGCUGGCCCCCGUUCAACGACGGGAGUGAAGAAACCCACUACUAAAAAGGUUGCGCCACACCAACAAGUGCGCAAGAUAAAGGCUCAUAAUGCACCUGGAAAAUCAACGAAGCGGUCUUCAAGCAGCAAUCGGUUGAAACCAGUAUCUGGCAAUGGGGGCUCACGGAAGAAAUCUCGAUCUCCUGCCGCCGGUGUCGCUGAUGAGGACGAGGACGAAUCUAUGCUCAGCAGUGCCGACAUAUCUGAUUCGGAAAAUGUCCAUGUGUCUCGCCGGCAGAUGGCACGGUCCUCGCAAGAGGAUGCGGAUGACGACGAUGAUGAAGAGGGCGGCGAAGACACAAAGACGUACUGUACUUGCCGUAGUGUGAGCCACGGAGACAUGGUUGCUUGCGACAACGAUAACUGUCCGUAUGAGUGGUUUCAUUGGAAGUGUGUUGGGCUUACGAGGGAGCCUUUGGGGACUUGGUACUGUGAUGAGUGUCGCAAGAAUUUGGGCAAAUAA